AUGUCAGAUUAUAUUUACUGGGAAAGGCAAAGUUUCAACUUAUUAUGUGGGGUGCAUGCCUUAAAUUCUUUAUUGCAGGGCCCUUACUUUACAAAAAAGAAAUUAGAUAAAAUAUCUAAAGAACUGGAUAAUGAAGAAAAAGCGCUUUUUGAGUCCUAUAACACCUCUGAAAAUUUUGACGAGACUGGCUUCUAUUCUAUACAGGUUAUGUCUAAGGCAUUGCUUUCCAAAGGUUUUGACUGCAGCCAUUAUAUAGUGUCAGCGCCGUUAUAGCCUGCCUUGGCGCUUGGUCUUCCACAGUGACUUGCAGCUCUGGCAAGUGAGAAGUCAACCCCAAGCUGAAAAAUUCUUAUAAAAGGGUAUGCUUUUGUCAACUUGGAGUUGACUGUCACCUUUAAGUUCCUCGUCAUAGCUCCAAUUUGCUGUGGAAAGCCAAAGCGCCAAGACAUGUUAUACAACAAAGCAAUUCGAGAAAUGAGAUGAACAGUAAUUUCUAAUAAGAAAUGAAUCUGCUUUUCUAUUGCAUGUAGGGCUUCAUUGAAUAGCAGUCAGAAAAAUAGGAGUGUAUUGAUAUGUACUUAACAGCCUUAGACCUCUUGGGCCUCAAGCUCUUUCAGAGACUGGAUUACAAGAGAAUAUUAGAAGCACUCUUAAAAAUCAAAGUUAUUGUUGAUUUCUCGUGUCUGGUGAGUUCAAAAAUUAUAAUUUCAGCAAAUAUUCAUUUAAGAGAGGACAGUUUUUAAUACCUGCUCAAGAAAUUUUAAGGCAGAACCAUACGAAUGCAUAUGCAUAUAAUCCUGCACAUGCAUAUACAUAUAGUCCUACACAUACAUGAGAUUCAGCAAGCCAACAGUCUUAUAUAUUGAAUAUGCUCAUGAAUGGCAAUCAGUCUGGUGAAUUUGAAUUUGGUUUUUCUCCCGAGAGUAUGGUUAGGACUAAAAAUGAAAGUUUAAUCGCUCAAAGAGAAAAUCUUAAUGAAAAGAGUCCUCAUAAAUCCAAAAGAAAGCAUAUAAAUCAUAAAAAACAAGAAGAUCAGAAAAAUAAUGAUAGCUUGGAUGAUGAGGAUAUCAAUAUAAGACUUUGUCUGCCAAAUUUAGAAUUUAUUUCUCAGCGGUUUAAAUCAAGUAACACUUUGAAUGAUAUUUUGAAAUGGGCAAUGAAAGAAAGCUCAUACAAAAAUUUAAAAUUAUUUUUAGACUACCCGAAAAGAGUCUUUAAAGACACAAACUCAAAAAUCAAAGAUGCAGGAAUUUCAUCAAAAUGCAAUGUAAUUUAUUCAGAAAGCUAA